GGAAUUAUUCAGGCUGCAUCGCAGUUACAAUUAAGUGUUCCUCUUGUUGUGCGAUUACAAGGGACGAACGAAAACGAGGCUAAAAAGUUAAUUGCUGAAUCAGACCUUCGCAUUAUAACUUGCGAUGAUCUGGAUUAUGCUGCAAUCAAAGCUGUUCAAUUGUCUCAGAUUGUUAAACUUUCACGCGAAGCGAACGUCGAUGUCAGUUUUCAACUCGCCGAGUAG